AUGCUCAGCAAAGCUGUUGCUAAAGCAUACACGGAGCGUUUAACCGCGUCCUAUCUUCAGCAGCUAAAGCGGGAUGGGUUGCCAGAGCCAAAGCAUGCGGGCAGGGCACAUGUGACUAGUCACGUGAGCUGGCUCGGCCGGCGUGGCGCAAAGAAAGCAGGCGGAAAAGCCGGAAUAUGUACCGCUCAGGGCGGUGGUGGCUGGGGCGUGCUUGAGGCGGCGCAGGCGGCCGAGCUCUUCUACCCGGCCCCGGAGGCCGGUACGGCUACGAGGCGCCGGCCCGACUUCCUCGCCAUGCUGGGGGACGACGACUACCGAAAGGUGUACGAGCGCGUCGCGGGCGGCAGGCCGAGGCUCGGAGGCUGCGGUUCGUCGACGUGCAGAGCCUGCGCCGGACCUCCAAGGAGGACGGCCGGGUCAUGGUUCAGGUGCUAA